CUGCGUGCUACCGGAAAUUACGCAGCAAGGAGUGCGAGAUCGAGACGAAGGAUGUAGCGUUUUAGAAGGCGUCUUCAUCAAUAACAAACGCGCGCACCUGGCGACCGGUUCUCUGUACGGGUACAUAAUAAAUGACAGUACAGGAAUUGACUUUCUAGAAAACUAUCGUGUCCCUCGCGAAAAACCGGUCGUUGGUGUAGUUUGUGUCCUAUUAUGAGCUAUUCGUGGCGUUUGUCGAUGGAUCAUCCGUGCGUUGAUCACGAGAUGCGACGUAUCUCGAUGGAAAGAUGGAAAAUGUAUCUCAAACAGCCACAUAUAUAUACACACGCACGUAGUUGGGAUUUAUUGUAAAUUACCAUUGUUGUAUUAUAACUUCACGUUGUUCGCUGUUUCAUUCGAGGGAAGAUCGGGGGCAGCUUUGGUAGUUACUCAACGACCGUUCGAAUAUUUCCGGCAAUAGAGUGGUGAACGAGGAAGGAAGGGUGGUUCAUGCGGAGCGCGGUGUUCAAUUAGCAAUUUAAUAUUCGUUCGUGGCUCAUGUGGAGCCCGGUGCCACGAGCAAUUGGAUCUCAAGUGUCCGACGAAAAACUCUUCUCACGUGACCGGCAAAGCGGAAAUUGAAAUUCGCAUACACGUUCGAUAACGGCGUAUCCCAUCUGUGCCGAUUCGACAGCUGUCCAUCGAUUUCGUACGUUCGUCAUUAGCUUGGGCUAUAGAGAAAUCGAAAGAGCAGUUUUCUGAAAAGACUGUAUAAUCUUUGUUCCUUUCCAAUCGAUCUCGAUCUUAUCGCGAAUCAACGUUUCGCUCUGUGAAUAGACAACUUCAGACUUAAAGAGUGAUGCAACGUUUGACUGUCACUUUCGUUGUUUAACUUAAUGGAGAUGAAAUUUAUAGAGUAUUACAGAGAUACUCCAGGUUACUGAUCUAGUUUCGGUUCAAUCAAAUCCUCGGGAUGUUACACCUGAGUCCUGAGUAUCAGGUUCAUUGACGAUGGCCGUACCCAAGAAGAAGUUACUCGAUACCGUCUGGAACACCACGACGUUUUUGCUCACCAAGCAGCCGGAAGAUUUCGUGGAGUGUCAUCGCGUUAAAAUCGUCAUCGUCGGCAGCGGUUACACGGGUGUCGCCGUUGGAAUCGCGAUUCUCUUCAAGCGUCUCGCCUCGGAGGUGGUGUUCAUAGACGCGGACGAGGAAUUGGCGAAAGCAGAGGCGGAAGACAUCAGCCACGCGGCGGCGUUCCUCGGCAACCCGAAGAUCGUCGGUACCAAAGAUUAUUCCAUGGCUAGAGAUGCCACGGUCUGCGUGAUCACCGUGGGGGAUAGAGCUACGAGCGACGAUGACGAAGCAACUUUGAUGGAUCAGAAUUUGAAUAUUUUUAAAGACGUUAUCCCGAAGGUCUGCAAGUAUGCACCAAACAGCAUACUUUUAAUCGUGACGGCGCCAGUGGACAUACUGUCGUAUGCAGCCAUGAAGCUCUCAGGCUUCCCACCGCACCGUGUGAUGGGGUUGGGCACAUUUUUGGAUAGCUGUAGGUUUCAGUACUUCAUCGCGCAGAAGCUUGGAAUUUCGGCAAACUCGGUGCAGGCCUCUAUAAUUUGUGAAAACGGACCCACGUCUGUACCCAUCUGGUCCGCCGUGACAGUCAUGGGCAUUAAACUGAAAGACAUCAACAGAGAUAUCGGUACUAAAUCGGAUCCAGAAUCGUGGGGUGAACUACAUACAAAAGUAAUCGAAUCCGAUAAAGAUCUUAUCACGAGGAAAGGAUAUCGCUGUUGGGGUACUGGUAUUUGUGCGGCGGAAGUCGUAGAUGCCAUCGUGCGAAAUACUUGUAUUUGCAUGACGGUAUCUACCUACUUAAAGGGUUGUAGACACGGUCUGGAGAAAGAUGUCUACAUGUCACUGCCCUGUAUAGUCGGCAGAAAUGGCAUACAAACGCUUCUUCGUCAUCCGUACACACCGGAGGAGCAAGAACUUACGGAGGCCUCGUGCAGAGCCAUUUACGAAACUCAAAAAUCAAUUCUUCAUACUUUGGAGUGAAUCUUUACGAUCUCACCAAGUACAAACGUUUUCAUCACUUUCGUCGACUCGUGCAUUCGUUGGGAAGUCCAUAAUUCUAAAAGUUCAUUCGUGACGCGAAAGAACAAUGUUGUAUUGAUUAAAUUACACAAAAACCAGCAGUGAGAUGAGAGUUCGGUGGCAGAAUCCAUGCUUAAGAAGCACAGCCAGUUUGUUUUACAAACCGAAUUUCUUUUCUUUUUCUUCGGCAACCGAUGAAUAGGGGAGGCGCUAUAAAUUGCACGCGCACGCCACUCGGCCGAUUUCGGCCAAUUUGCCAAGAUUAAUGUAGACCAGGGAUAAUUAAUUGGCGGACGUACGAAGCGGUUAACCGUCCCGCCACCGGCGACCGGUCGUGAUAAAACGAUCGCUAUUACAAACACAAAGAACGCCAGUUUCGAAGACGCGAUGGUCAACGAUACAGCAAUCUUUUAUAAAAUUCGCUUUCGCCGAUACCGGCCUUUUGUCUUUGUCAGCAGCGGCAUUAGUCAACAAGUUCUCGCGUCGACGAUCCUCGACGCUACCGUCGUACCCCACAAUUCGAUAAAGUCGUUUCCAAAGGAAUAAAGAUACCCGUGUUCAAUAAUGAAUCCGACAACGGUUCCUACUUACGCUACGGACUGCCAGAAGAAGAAAUUUAUUCAUGGAAUUCAGCGAAACAUCGUUGUUGCCGGUAUAAGCUUCGUACGAAAUAAUCGACGGUGAUUCAUUACCUCGAUUACAGAGCGAAAUUUCGUCGAGCAAACCGGCCAACUCCGGUGGAAAAAGCGCGUGAAACAGAGACGCGAUCGCGGCAAUGCCGAUGCCUGCUGCUUUUAAUGGCUGUUCAUCCUCUUUCUGGAUUCAUAUUCUCGAAAUGAGCAAGGAACCGUAUAGCGAAGAGAGGCUUAUAAUGUAAACGCGGCUCGUUGUCGUCGCGACGACCAACCACCAGCAAAUUCUUCGUCGUUCUCUCGCAACAGGAGCACGGGGACACACCGGUGAUUCAUUAUACAUGCUAACGAAUGUGCGUUACGAGAGAGAGAGAGGAAAAAUGAGAGGGAAAGAGAGGCUACGAGGGGUUUCCUGCGGCUGGAAGCCACACCAAUAACGACGGGGAGUACGGCAACGUCUUCAUCUCCGACGCACCGGCUUCUUCUCAGGCGAAGCCAUUUUUCUGUAUUAUCUCGAUGACGAGUCUCGAGCACGUAAUUUAUAUCGCAAACCUAAUAACACGAUUCUGUUCCUCCAUGUCUUCCCUUGUCAACAUCAAGUCGUCUAUUUCCCUACUUUUCGCCUACCAUCGCUAAUCUUCGUUAUCAUUCAGUUUCUUGUUCGAAGUGUAUAAAAAUGAAACAAAUAUCGAAUAUAUUCCUCUAUGAACUUUCCAAUCAGCAACGUUUGGGAAGUAAUUUGGCGAGGAAAAUUCAUAAUCCUCUCGGUGUCGGAAUACGAGCGAAAAAGAAGGAGGUUCCCGAGGACAUCGUUCACCAGCGAAACACCGCGGUAGGUACUACUAAUUACUGUACUUUUUAUUUCGCUCCGACAUAAUGCCCCGCCGGUUCGAGCAGCGGGUUCGGUUCACCAUGAGCGGAGGUGGCCCGGCCGCCGCGUCACAAGGAGAAAAAGGAACACGUGUAGGAGUAAAAAGGAAGAACGAACGGAGAGUGGCCAGAGGCCGAUGGAACACUGUCUGGCUCCCCUCUUGUAGUGCAAUAUCCGAUGCGUUCGGAUCAUUUAUGCAGCGAUCACGACACGUAUGCAAGCACGGCAGAUCUUAAAGCAUUCGGUCGACGUCGUAAAACCGCAGCGGUACACGACGGAGCGUGGGGGCCAGGUCGGUCCUUGAUUGAGUUACGAUUUAAUUAGUCCGUGCGGCCAAUCAGUAAUUAAGAUAUCCGCUAAUCAACGGACCCAAGAGCACCUCCGAUCUCUUCACCCCUGACGCACAUUAACAGAGGGAACUUUUCUCUGCUCCCCUCCCGUCUCGAUGCGUACUUCCAUCUUCGUCCUUCGUUCUUCUUCUGCUUUCUUCCCACACUUUUUACUACCUUAUCCUUCCUGGUUCCCGGUCCAUUGCCAAACCCGUGAAUCAAUCGACCGGACAGUUCGGCCGCCCGCAGGAUUCUACGCGCGUGACUAAUCUCCUCGUAAAAAACAAGGGAUCUAAAUCGAUAGCUGGACAAAAAGUUGAUAGCUUCGGGAAAUGGUAACGAAAAUUUGGUUCUUGCUGAGAACUUAGGCCUCUGAUAUUUAGUUCGUUUAUGUUCUGAAUACAUUUUCUGGGAACCAUGAUACUUAUAAGUUUUGUUUCUUUCGAGACAAGUAUGGUUGUAUUUUCUCUCUGCGUUGGUGUAUUAAAAGCUCUGCAAUAAUAAGGCGCGUUGAUUCUGUUGACUGUACAAGAAAAGCCAAUUACGUCACGUGUCUAUUACCUGACAUUUAUGCAAAAUAAAUAAAGAUAUAUGCGUAGUUGCAUGUCUAAAAUUAUAGCACGUAACAUAACCACUUCCUUCGCAUCUAAUCAAAUGACUCACGGGCCAACUUUUGCUCGGAUUUGUGGAUAAGAUAUGUCACGUCUCGGUGAAAAGCACGCAAGAUAUCUCGUCCAAGCCAUCGCGAGGUUUCUCGUUCAUAAACGUGAAAGGAUUAAUGGAUAGGCUAGGCUAGCUAACGAUACAGAAGCAUAACGUAUGCUAAUACAUAUAAGAUUAAUAUACUGUCAAUGGAGAAGAAUAUAAGAUGGUUAGGUUCCAAUACCCAGUUAAGGUUUAACGAACAGGGACUCUGUUACUCUGAAAUAGAUGUCACUUUAAACAAAGUAGGAUGCGUCCAGGCAAAGCUCUCAGGUAGAAAUCAGGGUGCGAUUAAUCACCUGUUCGGGUUCUUGCUAUAGGUCUCGGUGCACUUGUUACCUCAUUAAAUCAAAUAUAUGGCAUCGGAUCGCACAGAAAUCGAACCGUAAUUCAUAAUAACUGCGACAUUUAUGUACCCUGUGCACGCCCUGUGACAAAUAUUCUAAGUAAUCGUUUAAUAUCUCGG